AUGACGAAAUCGGUAAUCAAAACCCUAGUUCCGGCCGACUUGAAUACUACUAUCUUGAUCGAUAUCACAGAGAACGCUAAGGGACUUGGCCCAGCGUUUCUUAAUCGAUUCCUUCCUUCAUUAUCCUCAAUUUAUCCCCAGGCUGAGCAACAACUUCCUUUCUCAAAACCUCUUUAUCUGACAGCGGAAGGGGAUAGACCCACCCUCUCUGUCAGAAAUUGGCAUCCACUAAUGCUCCAAUGGAACGAUUGGGUGGAUCGUGUAUCAGCAGCAAAAGGAGAGCAAUGGAAAAUGAUGGGAAUUUACGACCUCAUUCAACUCAGUAAGAUCCCUUUUAUUUUUAACCGAGCCUUGUUUUUUGCUUCUUUACACUUUUGGUCCCCCACAACCAAUUCUCUACACUUGCACUGUGGUAUGAUGGCUCCUACCUUGAGGGAUGUCUGUUUUUUAACAGGAUUAAAGCCUGGGGGAGACGAAAUCAAUUAUCUCCUUCAAGAUGAAGAGAUCUCUUUUUAUUUUCCAGAACAAAAAAGGGCUAAACCCUUUGUGCAAUCACAUGGUCCUUUCUUAAAAGAAAUGUUAGGGGAAGAAGGGACCAAUGUAGAUGAACAAGAGCAUAUAGGGUUUUUACUAUUGUGGUUGUGCAGAUAUUUGUUGUGUGCCCCUGCCAUUCAGAUCACCAAGGACCUUACUCAACUGGCCAUUGCCCUAUUGAAAGGAAAACCUAUGGCAUUAGCUCCGUUUCUCUUAGCCUCUUUAUACAGAGGCUUGUCUGACCUCAUUACGUCCAACUUUUCAAGGUCUGAAGGACCAUUUUGGCUUUACCAAUUCUGGUUGCAUGCAUAUUUUCCUGAACUUGCUCUUCCUAUUUGGCUUGCUCCAAACGAUCCUUUGCUGUCAUUCGAGUAUGCUAGAGUCAAACCCAAAGACCAUUCCUUUAAUGACUGUUUUCAAUUAUUCUAUCAUCAGUGCAAAAUCAGAACCCAAUCCCAAUUCCUUCCCUUUUCCAAAUGUCAACUAGCUCCAUCUUGGUUGUUUCCCCGUACUGCCGAGUCUUCUCCUGAACAGAUUGACCGUUAUAUCACUUCAUGGGGCCACUUCUUGAUCGCAAGAGACAUACCUUGCAAUACCGUUGCUCCCAAUUUGCCCAAGAGCCGAACUGUGGUUGAGUUUUACAACCCAACGCAAUUAGCUCGGCAAUUUGGAUUGACGCAAAUGAUCCCAGUGCCUCCCCAUUUUUCUUACAACAAGAACUAUCACAAGACUGUAGAUUCUAGUCAACUUGUGUCCACCUUCCUUGGCUCCUACAAAUUCAUAUCCCUCAAUUUUCAAGGUGUUGAUUCCCUCGAACUCGUUGAUCUUACUACCGCUCUUGAGCCGGAGAAUAUAACAAAUAUUGCACCAACUCGUCCUCCUCCAGCAGCUCGUGCAGAUAGGACCAGAUCACGCUCUUGGCAAAGCACAUAUUCCAAUGCACCAGAGAAAUCUGGUACCAAAUCUGAAGAAACUUACAUUGAUUUCUAUGUUCCUUUGCAAAGUAUUCCCCCAUCCUCGGCUACUCAGAAAGCUACAAGAAAGAAGACCAUAGGAAAGAAACCCAAAAAAUCAAGAGCCAAGAGACAUUUUGAUUUGAUUGAUGAUGAUGAAGUCAUCUCCAAGAAGAAGAAGUCUGCUACCGAAUCUCCUAAUAAAACUCAAGUCUCCUCAGAUCAAAAAUCAAUUCAGGAAAUCUCUACUGAUCAUGUCGAAGAUGAAGACAAAAUUGAAGUGUCAGUACAACAUGGCUCAGCUAAUCCAACCAAUCCUGUCAGUACCAACCCAAGCUCUCCCUUUGACACCCUUGACUCUUUAUUUGAUUCUGUCUUUGACUCACCUGAUCUUAAUCCUCCUGAAAUUCCAACUGAACCAUCAUCUGACAUAGCCCCAGAAGUAAUAAAAGCCAUCCAGAUAUUGUCCCAAAUAGUACAACAGGAUUUGUCUCUUACUCCUUUAUUCAAAAAUGAACUGGCCGAGACACUUUCUUUCCUCGGUAGUUAUCCUGGAUUCUCCCUGAAUGAUCAAACCUUCUUCAAAAAUUUCCAGCUUCGAGUGCCUUCUUUGACAACUGCUUAUGCUGAAUCAAUCCAUACUAUUGAUCAUUACUCUUCCCAGUAUCAUGAGAAAGAAAAACUUUCUCAAACUUUAAAGAAAAGAAAAGAACUGCAUCUAUCCUUAAAGAAAGAGGCUGCCGAGCUGGCUGCUAAGGAGAAAAAGCUUCAAGCCGAACUUGCUCAACUUCAGUUGGACAAGACAAAGCUUGGUAGUAAGGUGGCUAAUCUAAAGGUUCAAGCGGAGACCGCAGCUCUCAAAUUCAAAUCUUUGCAAGCACAGAUGCUGAAGUUGGAACAAAACAAGAAGGUGGCAGAAACAUCCCUUAAUCAAUCUCGAGCUUUGUGGGCAGACUUUAAAGCCAAAUUUGAAGAAUUUCACUAUAAUUUCACCAGAAUUUGA